AUGACAGUAAGAUACACUAAUUUUCGACAUCGUCGUGAUAGCCUUGCUACGACCCUUGCUUAUGGUCUGGUAUUUGGUUUACCCAUCGCAUUUCUUUACGCCAAAUUCGGCAACGUCGACCAGAGACUAACAAUGUACAUGCCCAAUGAAGUUGCUGUGGAAAUUUUCUUGCGUCUACCGGUGAAGUCUACAUUGAGAUUCAGGUGUGUAUGCAAAAAGUGGUGCAAGUUUUUUAAACAUAAUUCUGAUUUCGUUAGCAAGCAACUUAAUCAUUCUAUUGAAAAGAAUAACUUUGCGCUACUUUUUACGAGAAAAGGUGAGAGGGGUGUCUUCGCUAUAGAUUAUGAUCCAUCCUCAUCAGGAUCUCAUGAGGUUGUUCAGAUUGAUUUCCCGUUCAAAGAUGAGAACCUCGAAAUUGUUGGUUCUUGUAAUGGUUUGUUACUCAUUAAAAUCGAUCCAUGGUUAAUUACUGGUUUAUGGAAUCCGGCUACUAAAGAAUAUAAACUAAUUCCCCGCAAUAAUAUAACACCAGUUGGAUUUAAAACAAUUAGCAACCGCGUAGACAGGCAUGGAUUUGGAUAUGAUCAAGAGAGCAAUGACUAUAAGUUGGUAACAAUUACGAGUCCUUGUAGUCAGAAAAUCACGGUUUCUGAAGUAGACGUCUACACAUUGAGUUCACAUUCAUGGAAAAGAAUUGACCACAUACCUUACAAAAUUAUGGGUGAACCACCGGGUGUCUUUGUGAAUGGCGCUUUACACUGGUUGGCGAAACCACGUCCAAUUACAUCAAAAAAUAAGUUCUCACAAGUAAUACUUUCUUUUAACAUGGCAAAAGAAGUAUUUACUGAAAUACCGCAUUUAGAGUAUUUUGAUGAUGGCAACAAGUUUAAACACAAGUGUAUCGAUGUUCUGGAAGGGUAUUUAGCAAUGCUCUGUAGCAAUUCCAAAGUUGGUUUUGAGGUAUGGGUGAUGAAUGAUUAUGGAAUCAGAGAGUCUUGGACCAAACGCUACAAUAUUUCUCUAAUGAAAGUUGAUUUUAUUCCAUCCUUUUGGUACUUGAGGCGCAUACAUUCAUUAAAAAAUGGGGAGAUCUUGUUAGAGAUUCAGUUAGAUGAUAAGUACAAGUAUGCAGCUAUGUUUUUUUAUGACCCAAAAUGUAAAAGAGUUAGAGCUGCAGAGGUUGAUUUGGGAAAGUACGACAGACGAUGGAGCAAAAUAGCAGGUGAUCAUCUAAAAUCAAGGUUUCAUACAGAAUCUUAG